GUGGUAGCUCUGCACCAGGAUUUCCUCCUCCUAGGUCGUCGAAACAACAAACCGAACUACGGAGCAAGCGGGGUGAGAGAACGUCCGAAACCGCCUGUGACCGCGACUUUUAAACUAUUUUUUACAGAAUUGUGGUGGAAUUCAGACGGAGGCUUUAUAAGAAUAGUUAAAGUUACGAUUCUGCCGGGACUACAUUUCACAACAAGGUCACAUGCAACUUCCCCUGUGUUAUAUUUUCUGAGGAUCUCAAGCCAGUCAUAAGUUGAAGUUAUCCAGAAGAUGUUACAGAAAUGAUAGCAGCACCAGAAAUACCAUCAGAGUUCUCCUAUCCUCAGGAUACAGACACCCGAUUCUCGUCAGACACAGACUUCUCUGAGGAUCUUGAUGGAAGGAGUACAAUCUCAGCUAAAGGAAAGGGUGGGAAGAAGGGGAAGAAGGCAGCAGGGGAGAAAGGCAAAGGUGGGAAGGGAGCAGGCCGGAUAAAUGGCCACCACCAGGAGAAUGGCAUGGAAAACAUGAUGCUGUUUGAGGUGGUGAAGCUGGGCAGGAGUGCGAUGCAGUCUGUCGUUGAUGACUGGAUUGAGUCUUACAAACAUGACAGAGAUGUGGCGCUAUUAGAUCUCAUCAAUUUCUUCAUCCAGUGCUCGGGAUGCAAAGGUGUGGUCAGUGGAGAAAUGUUCCGCAACAUGCAGAACUCCGAGAUCAUUCGACGAAUGACGGAGGAAUUCGAUGAGGACAGUGGUGACUACCCUCUAACCAUAGCAGGACCCCAGUGGAAGAAGUUCAAAUCAAGCUUUUGUGAAUUCAUUUCGGUUCUAGUGCGCCAGUGUCAAUACAGUAUCAUCUAUGAUGAGUACAUGAUGGACACAGUCAUCUCCCUUCUCACCGGACUAUCAGACUCCCAAGUCCGAGCCUUCAGACACACCUCAACACUGGCAGCCAUGAAGCUGAUGACGGCCCUGGUGAAUGUAGCUCUAAACCUGAGCAUCAACAUGGACAACACCCAGCGCCAGUAUGAGGCAGAAAGGAAUAAAAUUGUGGCCAAAAGGGCCAAUGACAGGCUGGAGCUGCUCCUGCAGAAACGCAAAGAGCUCCAAGAAAAUCAGGAUGAGAUUGAAAACAUGAUGAAUGCAAUAUUCAAAGGAGUGUUCGUUCACCGAUAUCGUGAUUCGAUAGCAGAAAUCAGGGCAAUCUGUAUAGAAGAGAUUGGGGUGUGGAUGAAACUCUAUAGUGAUGCCUUCCUCAACGACAGCUAUCUGAAGUAUGUAGGAUGGACGAUGCAUGAUAAGCAAGGCGAGGUACGUUUGAAGUGUCUGACAGCUCUGCAGGGUCUCUACUACAACAGAGAACUCAAUGCAAGACUGGAGCUCUUCACCAGUCGCUUCAAGGACCGUAUUGUCUCCAUGACUCUUGACAAAGAGUAUGACGUCGCAGUACAAGCGAUUAAACUGCUCACUCUUGUCUUGAAUAGCACAGAUGAGGUGUUGACCCCUGAGGACUGUGAGAGUGUCUAUCACUUGGUCUACUCAGCACACAGGCCUGUCGCUAUUGCAGCUGGAGAAUUCCUCUUUAAAAAAUUGUUCAGCCAGCGGGAGCCUGAGGAGGAAGGUGCCCCUAAGAGGAGAGGCAGACAAAGCCCCAAUGCCAACCUCAUUAAGACCACUGUCUUCUUCUUCCUGGAGAGUGAGCUCCAUGAGCAUGCAGCCUACCUAGUGGACUCCCUCUGGGAAUGCGGUGCAGAGCUACUGAAGGAUUGGGAGUGUAUGAUCAGCUUAUUGUUAGAUGACCCAUUGCCAGGAGAGGAAGCUCUUACAGACAGACAAGAGACGGCCUUGAUUGAAAUCAUGCUGUGCACUGUACGCCAGGCUGCUGAGUGCCACCCACCUGUUGGAAGAGGAACAGGGAAGAGG